AUGGAUGAAAAAAACAGAGACGGCACACCAGAGUUGUCUCAAGUUGCACCAUUUGAUAUGAAUUGGAGCGAGCACGUACUGGUGCACCGUGGAAGUCACAGCUGUUUCUACAAGGUAUAUUGGAAGGAAAAAGAUCUCUGGCUUGGAUUAAAAGAAGAAGAAUGUAUAGAUCCUCAAGCUGUUGUGAGGACAAUACAAACCAUUAAGCGUUUGCAUUCAAACUUUAUUCUUCACUACUACCAUGCUUUUGUUGAUGGUGAUAAGACUGUUGUGCUGCUGACUGAGCUGAUGGACUAUGCCCUCAAAGACCUGCAUCGCCAGGACAACCGACAUCAUCAUCGAUUCACGGAGAGACAGAUGAAAGCUGUUGCAUUUCUAACACUGCACGCAUUGGCAGAUCUACAUGACCGGUUCUGCAUGGUGCACGGGGAUGUAAGUCCUUCGAACAUUCUUUUACGAUUAUCAGGGGAAUUAAAACUUGGGGAUUUGUCUAGCGCGAUGUCUGUGUAUGCGCCUGUCGAGUACUUUUCUGGUACUAUUUUUUAUACUGCCAUUGAGGUCUUGAAAGAUCGGCAACUGGCUUCCAGUCCAAGCAGCGAUAUAUGGGCUCUUGGGGUAACAUUAUACCAAUGUAUAAAUGGUGAUCAUCCAGUUUGCAAAACAAGCAAUGAUGAUUUCUGGUCAUUUUUAUCGGCGAUGGAGUUUGCAAUGAAGACGAAGCAGCAACCUAUGUCUUUGUCACAUUAUAGCAAUAAUUUUCAUAACUUCAUAACCUCCAUGCUUCAAUGGGACCCUGCGCUGCGGCCCACAGCUCGUUCGCUGCUGAGCCAUACCUGGUUUUCGAAUUUUACCAUCGUUGAUGCCCAACAAGAGUUACACUUGAUGACUGCUUGA